AUGAAACCUGCCAUCAUCGCCGGUAUCUUGGGCGCCACGCUUGUCAGCGCCGAUCCUUGUUAUCACGAUGGAUCGAGAUUGACGACACAAGUAAUCAAGUACCACGCCCAACGAGCCUGUGAAGGUUACGACGGAAAGCGAGGCGCAUUCCAGGGCACAUUUGCCGUCAAGGAGGCGAAGUACGCCUGUGUCAAUUUGGAAAACAACCAAUACCUCCAGAUGUGGGUCACGAACGAGAACACCCAAUUCUCCUUCGAUCUCAACGACAAGGACUGCACGAAGGAGUUCAACAACCUCAUGAACACUUGUCAGAGCAAUGACAUCACCCAGGGAGGAGCAGUCACUGUGGCUGGCUGGAGGUUUCGCGCUGAUCCUGGAAGUGGAGGGAGGUGCUAG